AUGGCAGCUCUCGCGAGCUCACUCAUUAGACAGAAACGGGCAGUCAAGGACGACCAAACCAAUCGACCGGUAGCCAACAAGCGAAAGCCCUGUCCAAAGAGCAACAAGUCCUUGUGCCAGAAACAAAUACUGGUUCUCAUCUCCAAAGUAAGACUGUGUGGGGGUCGCAAAGGUCGCAACGAGAAGAGACCAGCUUCACGAAGACGGCCUGAUGCUCCUUCCCAACCUCCAACAGUGUUGAAAGCAGGUGGCAGAAGAGAGCCACAGCUGAAAGGUAUUGUAUCCCGCCUGUAUAGCCAACAUGGAUACUACCUACAGAUGCAGCCUGAUGGCACCAUGGACAGUACAAGAGAUGAGAGCAGCUUAUUUUCACAGUUUAACCUAAUUCCUGUGGGACUGCGGAUUGUGGCAAUCCAAGGAGCAAAGACGGGGCUGUAUCUUGCCAUGAAUAGUGACGGAUACCUCUACACUUCUGAUCACUUCACUCCGGAGUGUAAGUUCAAGGAGAGUGUGUUUGAGAACUACUACGUCACAUACUCCUCCAUGCUCUAUCGGCAGACCCAAUCUGGUCGCUCUUGGUAUAUCGGCAUCAACCGUGAUGGUCAUGUCAUGAAGGGUAACCGGGUAAAGAAGAACAAAGGAGCUGCGCACUUCCUGCCUAAAGUUAUUGAGGUUGCAAUGUAUAAGGAGCCAUCGUUACAUGAGCUUACAAGUGAGCCUGUGAGUCCCCCGCGGAAGACUACCAAAACAUCAGAUUCACCAUCCUUAAAAAAUGGACGGAAAGAAGCACCCAAGGCUGAUGCCUCAUAG